CGGCUGUGUCGUCAGUCGGAAGUGGGUGGAAAGAUAUAAAUUACUUCAUCGCUCCGGAAUGUGCAACCUUGUCAAUAUUCCUAUAUUGGGUAAAUAAUAGCAACCGUAACCAGUCGGAAACAAACAAGAGCCUUAAUAUUGUUUUUGUUUGCAGCGAGAAAUUUACUUGCACAUGUUAAUAUCUGAAUCCUCCUUUGAAUUGGCCAUUUGAAUGCCAUUACUUACAUCUGUCAAUCAAACGCAUGUAACGCAAGGCUGUUGGGCACAUGCAGCUCAAAAUUAUCCUAAGUGGGGCACACUGGGGGAACGAAGACAGUUUUCUUUGAUAAGUAGGAGAUAAUUUCUGACUGAAAAACUGCGUUUUUUAAGGCGAGGAAUGUAAAAGCUGUCAGUUUUGGCUCAUGGAAGAGGAACGAAAUUGGUACAACCACCUUGAAGUAUUGUGAGCCGAACUAAUACAAACAUGAUAACCCCACCCUAGAGGAAAGCAAAUUGUUGCAUUUUGUCGCUGGCGCGCUAACAUUAAAUUAGUCGUUUUGAAAGAAAAGCAAAAAUUCCUCAUGGAUUUACGUCCGGCGUAUGUUUCUAAGUGAUUGCAGCGUUUCUUAUGGGUCAAACACAAGUUUGACAUCUCUCAGGAUUAAAUAUUUCGAUUCAUAAGGUGAUAUUUUGAUCGCCUGGAUGUGUGUGAACAUCAAUGUGAUGAAGACGAUCUGACCGGUGGCUUUGACACCAUACCGUUACUGUACUGCAUUGAGUAUAGUUUGCCGACUUGCCGCGAAUUUACUGGAUCGCUUGAAAGCAUGGCGACCGCAGAAGGUUUUCUUCAAAGUCCGCUUGUCGUUUGGGCUAAUAAUACUUUCAAGGGAAGUGCACUCAUAGAGUCGAUCACCGACUUGGCUGAUGGCGUUUUUCUUAACGAAAUCAUGAUGGACAUCGAUCCAACUUACUUCACUUUAACUCGCAUUCAUCAAAAUGUUUACGGAGAUGUGAAUUUGCGGAUGCAGAAUUUGGACACACUUGUCAAACAUUUGAAAAGAUAUUACCAGGUAAGGGCGGAAUGUAGUGAAGAAAUGAAAAUAAAACUUUCUGUGUUGCUAGAGAAAAGGAAAAGAGCAAGUAAAAUGAUUUCUUUUUCCGUAGAUGUUUGUUGGUCAGGUGAACUGAAUUACUCAGGGAAGAUUUUCCAAGACCCAUCGCACGGUCUCGCUCCAGUUUCCGCUCACAAUAUCGACGCACUGAAAGUUAUAAUAAAAAACGCGCUUUAA